AUGUCUACCUUAAAUGACUGGGAACGGCUUAUAGAUGAAAUAAAGGCUCUAGAAAGUAUAUAUAGUUUAGAUGAAGAAUUUAUUAAAAGCACAGAGCUCUGUAGAGCUCUUCAAAAUAAGGAUAUAAUUUCAAAUGAGUGUCUUAGAUUUCGAAUUCUUCUUGAUAAACGGACUUUUUAUUCUGAUCAUAUUUAUAUGGAAAUCACUAUAGAACCUAAAAAUUUCUACUCUAGUGGUAUUAAAGAUUUGAAAAUUGUUGAUUCAAUGGACUGGGAGUCAAAUAAGGCCCCAUUUUUUCUUUUAGAUUCACAGCGUGAUCUGAUUAUACAAAAUACUAUGGAUCAAUUUAUCCCUAAUUUUGAGAGUCUUUUCCAACAAAUAACUAAAGCUAAAGAAACUACUGAAUCUAUAAUGAAUGAGUUGACAUAUUUUGAAAAUGUGGAUAUUACUAAGAAAUCAGAUGAUACUAAAAUUAAAGAAGAUAUUGAAGAUACAAAUUAUACACAAGAUAUCUUUAAUAGUGAUGAUGAACAAUUUGAGUGGAAUUUUUGUAUGAAUAAAACAACAUUAAGAUGGGGGCAACGAGCAUGUUAUAGCCAUCAUAUAAGAAAUCCAAUAAAACGUAGAUUAAUUCAAGAGUGGGCACAUGAUCUUUACCUUGGAGGUUUCUGCAAAAUUGGAUAUCCUGGAAUAAUAAUUGUUGAAGGGCCUGAAGAUUGUUGCUUAGAAUAUAUACGUAGACUCCAGAGGUUAAGAUGGAAACACUUUGUAGUACGUGGAGAAAUUAUCGAAGAAUUUACUUUACCUAGAAGUAAUCAACCAUUUAGGCAACUUCUAGAUACUUUUAGGAAACUCCCAAAUCAUAUGAUCCAACUUCCUCCAGAUGCUAUGAAAAAUUUGGCUCAUGAAUGUGAAAAAGUGGGAUUAAAACAUCUAUUUUUAACUACUAUGAAAAUAUAUUCUUAA